AAGUACCUGAGAUCGCGUGUGAGCGCGAGCGCAUGCGCGCUGGGCGGCGCGCGGUAGCAGGAGGGAAGACAGAACCCCACCGGACCUCAGGGCAGUGCGCGUGCGCCGUCGGAAGCUCGGCGCUGCCGGGGCUGCGGUGUGGGAGCUGGUGUGAGACCACUGUGUGGGCAGCGGUGAUGUUCCGAAAGGCCCGGCGGGUGAACGUGCGCAAGCGGAACGACUCGGAGGAGGAGGAGCGGGAGCGCGAUGAGGAGCAGGAGCCGCCACCUCUGCUGCCGCUGGGCACUGGCGAAGAGUCGGGCCCCGGCGCUGGCGACAGGGGCCCCGGCGGGGAGUCAGUGCUAGCCCCGGGUCUGCCGCCGUCUUCCGCGCAGAUCCCGGGUCUCGGGGCCGAGGUUGGGAGCGGCUUUCCGGGCAGCUCAGAGCUCGGCAACGGGCUGAAGCCGCGAAAGAGGCCGCGCGAGAACAAAGAGGUGCCCAGGGCCAGCCUUCUCAGCUUCCAGGACGAGGAGGAAGAAAAUGAAGAAGUUUUCAAAGUGAAGAAAUCAAGUUAUAGCAAAAAGAUAGUAAAAUUACUUAAAAAGGAAUACAAAGAAGACCUUGAGAAAUCGAAGAUUAAGACAGAACUCAACUCAUCAGCCGACAAUGAAGAACCUUUGGACAAAACAGGGCAUCUUAAGGAUCCAAAUCAGGAAGAUGGAGUGAUUAUUAGUGAACAUGGUGAAGAUGAAAUGGAUAUGGAAAGUGAGAAGGAGGAAGAAAAGCCAAAGGCUGGUGGAGCCUUUUCAAAUGCUUUAUCUUCUUUGAAUGUUCUCCGUCCAGGAGAAAUUCCAGAUGCAGCUUUUAUACAUGCUGCGAGGAAAAAGCGUCAGAUGGCCCGGGAAUUGGGAGAUUUCACUCCUCAUGAUAAUGAGCCUGGUAAAGGCCGCCUUGUUAGGGAAGAUGAGAAUGAUGCUAGUGAUGAUGAAGAUGAUGAUGAGAAGCGACGGAUAGUUUUUUCUGUGAAAGAAAAGUCUCAAAGACAAAAAAUCGCUGAGGAAAUAGGUAUUGAAGGGAGCGAUGAUGAUGCUUUAGUAACUGGGGAACAAGAUGAAGAGCUCAGCCGAUGGGAACAGGAACAGAUAAGAAAAGGAAUUAAUAUCCCUCAGGUUCAAGCAAGUCAACCCACUGAAGUGAAUAUGUACUACCAAAACACUUACCAGACAAUGCCUUAUGGUUCAUCCUAUGGCAUUCCUUAUAGUUACACGGCCUAUGGAUCAUCAGAUGCCAAAUCUCAAAAAACAGAUAAUACAGUCCCUUUCAAAACUCCCAGUAAUGAGAUGACUCCCGUUACUAUUGAUUUGGUAAAGAAACAGCUUAAAGACAGGUUGGAUUCCAUGAAAGAAUUGCAUAAAACAAAUCGACAGCAGCAUGAGAAACAUCUGCAAAGCCGAGUGGACUCUACCAGGGCUAUUGAGAGAUUAGAAGGGUCUUCUGGGGGUAUUGGUGAACGGUAUAAAUUUUUGCAAGAAAUGCGAGGGUAUGUCCAAGACUUGCUUGAGUGUUUCAGUGAAAAGGUGCCACUGAUUAACGAACUUGAAUCAGCAAUACAUCAGCUGUACAAACAGCGAGCUUCCCGCCUUGUCCAAAGACGGCAAGAUGAUAUUAAAGAUGAAUCUUCGGAGUUUUCAAGCCAUUCAAAUAAAGCUCUGAUGGCACCAAAUCUUGAUUCUUUUGGACGUGAUCGGGCACUGUAUCAAGAGCAUGCAAAACGUCGGAUUGCAGAAAGAGAGGCCAGAAGGACUCGUCGUAGACAAGCCAGAGAGCAAACUGGUAAGAUGGCAGAUCAUCUUGAAGGCCUUUCCAGUGAUGAUGAAGAAACUUCUACAGAUAUUACUAAUUUCAAUCUGGAAAAAGAUCGCAUUUCAAAAGAGUCCGGCAAGAUUUUUGAAGAUGUCCUUGAGAGUUUCUAUUCAAUUGAUUGUAUUAAGUCACAAUUUGAAGCAUGGCGUUCAAAGUACUACAUGUCCUACAAGGAUGCUUACAUUGGCCUUUGUUUGCCAAAGUUAUUUAACCCCCUUAUAAGACUUCAACUCCUCACUUGGACUCCUCUUGAGGCAAAAUGUCGUGACUUUGAGAGUAUGCUAUGGUUUGAAUCUUUGCUGUUUUAUGGUUGUGAAGAACGGGAGCAAGAAAAAGAUGAUGUAGAUGUUGCACUACUACCUACCAUUGUGGAAAAGGUGAUUCUUCCUAAACUAACAGUGAUUGCUGAAAAUAUGUGGGACCCUUUUUCUACAACACAGACUUCAAGAAUGGUUGGAAUUACACUAAAAUUAAUAAGUGGAUACUCUUCAGUAGUGAAUGCAGAAAAUAAAAAUACACAGGUGUACCUAAAGGCACUUUUGUUGAGAAUGAGAAGAACUUUAGAUGAUGAUGUAUUCAUGCCCUUAUAUCCCAAAAAUGUCUUAGAGAAUAAAAACUGUGGGCCUUAUUUGUUUUUUCAACGACAGUUUUGGUCUUCAGUUAAGCUAUUAGGAAAUUUUCUUCAAUGGUAUGGCAUUUUCUCAAAUAAAACUCUACAGGAGUUAUCAAUAGAUGGCUUACUAAAUAGAUACAUUCUCAUGGCUUUUCAGAAUUCGGAAUAUGGAGAUGACAGCAUCAAAAAAGCCCAAAAUGUAAUCAAUUGUUUUCCCAAACAAUGGUUCAUGAAUCUGAAAGGAGAAAGAACUAUUUCUCAGUUAGAAAACUUCUGUCGAUAUCUUGUACACUUAGCUGAUACAAUUUACAGAAAUAGUAUUGGGUGCUCUGAUGUGGAAAAAAGAAAUGCAAGGGAAAACAUAAAACAAAUAAUAAAACUCCUUGCAAGUGUUCGAGCUCUGGAUCAUGCUAUGGCUGUUGCAAGUGACCAUAAUGUCAAAGAAUUUAAGUCUUUGAUUGAAGGAAAAUAGAUCUGUGUGACUGAAAAGCUUAUUAUUUGCUUGAAUACCAUUCCCAGUGUAUAAAUUUUGUACAUAUGUAAAGUUUAUUAAACUGUAAAAUAUUGAUUCUUGUUUUAAUACAAAGAACAUUAUUAUAUUCAAUACU